AAGCAUAAUUUAGACGUCCAAUGAAUUUUGUUUUUGCCUGUUCAACAAGUUGCGAUCAGUAGUGUUAGUAACAGUCCCGGGAAAACUCAAUCUAACGGGGCUUUGGCUUCCAUGGAACCUGUUUUUUUGCAUGGUGAAUUGGAUGUGUGGAUAAUUGAAGCUAAAUCUCUUCCAAAUAUGGAUUUACCUGCAGAACAUAUGAGAAGAUGCUUUACUGUGGUUGGAUCUUGCACAUAUCCAUGUGGAAAUAAACGAGUAACGCAUUCAGGAAAACAUUCAAUGAUCACAAGUGACCCUUAUGUAUCUGUUUGCCUUGCAGGGGCAACGGUUGCUCAAACUAGAGUCAUUGCCAACUGUGAGAACCCAUUAUGGGAUGAACAUUUCUGUGUACCUGUUGCGCAUCCUGUUGUAAAAGUGGAGUUUCAUGUUAAGGAUAAUGAUGUGCUUGGGGCUGAGCUAAUUGGAGUAGUAGAAGUAUCUGUUGAGAAAAUCAUCUCAGGAAGUACGAUUGAUGAUUGGUUUCCAGUCACUGGCAAUUAUGGGAAUUGCUUGAAGUUGGAAUCUUCUCCUGAGUUACAUGUUUCCAUUCAGUUUAAGCCAGUUGGUGAAAACUCUUUAUAUAAAGAUGGUAUUGGUGCUGGACCAAAUUACAGAGGAGUUCCUGAUACAUACUUUCCACUCCGUAAAGGAGGGAAGUUAACUUUUUAUCAAGAUGCUCAUGUACCUGAUGCAAUGCUACCAGAAAUUCUACUUGACGGUGGAAAUGUGUUCCAGCAUAGUAGAUGUUGGGAAGAUAUAUGCCAUGCCAUCUUGGAAGCCCAUCACCUGAUAUAUAUUAUUGGGUGGUCAGUAUUCCAUCCUGUCAAGCUUGUGAGGGAGCCAACAAAGCCAUUGCCUUCUGGGGGAGAGCUUACCCUAGGAGAAUUAUUGAAGUACAAGUCACAGGAAGGCGUCCGUGUGGUUUUGUUAAUAUGGGACGACAAAACUUCACAUGACAAGUUUUACUUGAAAACAGAAGGUGUUAUGCAGACCCAUGAUGAAGAAACUAAAAAGUAUUUCAAAAACUCUAGCGUCCAUUGUGUGCUUGCACCUCGUUAUGCUAGCAAUAAGCUUAGCAUUUUCAAGCAACAGGUCGUAGGAACUCUUUUUACACAUCAUCAGAAGAGUGUAGUUCUUGACACUCAAGCUCCUGGAAAUAACCGGAAAAUUACUGCUUUCAUUGGUGGCCUGGAUUUAUGUGAUGGAAGAUAUGACACUCCUGAGCACAGGCUUUUUCUUGAUCUUGACACAGUCUUUGAUAAUGAUUUUCAUAAUCCUACAUUUCCAUCUAUUGCCAAAAGCCCAAGGCAACCAUGGCAUGAUUUGCACUGUAAAAUUGAGGGUCCAGCUGCAUAUGAUGUAUUGAGAAAUUUUGAGCAAAGAUAUAGAAAAGCAAAAAAAUGGCGGGACUUCAAGCUGAGAAGGGUUACUCAUUGGCAUGAUGAUGCAUUGCUAAGGUUGGAACGUAUUUCAUGGAUACCCACUCCUUCGCCUGGUCCUGAUGGUGACAAAAAUGUGCGUGUCAUUAAUGAAGAAGAUCCUGAGAAUUGGCAUGUGCAGAUAUUCCGGUCUAUUGACUCGGGAUCUGUGAAGGGUUUUCCAAAAGCUACUGAGGAAGCUAUGGCUCAGAAUCUUGUGUGUGGGAAGAACCUGAAAGUAGAUAAGAGCAUUCAUACAGCAUAUAUAAAUGUAAUAAGAUCAGCGCAACAUUUCAUAUACAUUGAGAACCAGUAUUUUCUUGGAUCUUCCUACUAUUGGCCAUCAUACAAAAAUGCAGGCGCAGAUAACUUAAUCCCUAUGGAAUUGGCCUUGAAAAUUGCAAGCAAAAUUAGUGCAAAAGAGCAUUUCUCAGUGUAUAUAGUAAUACCAAUGUGGCCAGAGGGUGUCCCUACUAGUUCUGCUGUGCAGGAAAUUUUGUUUUGGCAGGGGCAAACAAUGGCCAUGAUGUACAAGAUUAUUGCUAAGGCACUCGAAGAAGCAGGCCUUUCUGAUCAGUAUCACCCGCAAGAGUAUUUAAACUUUUAUUGCCUUGGUAAACGUGAAGCUUCAUCUGAACAUAUUUCUUCCCAGAUAAAUCAGCAAUCUGACAACCGUUCACUGGCAGCAGUUCAAAAAUAUCGCAGAUUUAUGAUUUACGUCCAUUCCAAAGGAAUGAUAGUUGAUGAUGAAUAUGUACUUAUAGGAUCAGCAAACAUUAACCAGAGAUCCAUGGAUGGUUCAAGGGACACAGAAAUUGCAAUGGGUGCUUACCAACCAACCUACACAUGGGCUGGAAAAAAAUCUCAUCCACGUGCUCAGGUAUAUGGUUAUCGGAUGUCUCUUUGGGCAGAGCACCUUGGCAUCCUUGAGGAGGAGUUCCGCGAACCGCAGACUUUAAAAUGCAUAAAGCUUGUCAACAAGAUCGCCAAACGUAACUGGAAGACUUACGUUGCUGAGGAGAACAAGGAAAUGAGAGGACACCUGAUGCAAUACCCAGUUCAGGUCAGCAGAGAUGGAAAUGUCAGUGCAUUGCCAGGACAUGAAACAUUUCCUGAUGUUGGUGGCAAAAUUCUUGGAUCACCAACCACUCUUCCUGAUGCUCUAACCACAUAAUACUCAAUCAUAGCUUUGCAAUGAAGUUCACUAAACAUGUAAAUGAGUUUAUGCACUGAAUAUAGAGGAAGGAAAAAGUGAGCUGAGCCUCAAAGGCCUAUGGACAUUUCUAACAUGUAACAUUUUGUUGACAAUGACUAUUGGGGGCACAUUUCUGACUAAUACUAGAGAGCUAAUAAUAUUGAUGAUGUUUAGUACAAAUGAAAAAUGUUUUAUCAUAUAUAUUUUUGUCGAUUCGUGUAUCUACCUCUCUUCUUCUGCUUCUUUUUCACAUGGUCAUAAGAUUACACAUUCAAAUAAACAUGCUGGCUCCAUUUCCAACCAAAAUUGAUAAGAAGAUUUUUGCUGCAGAUUUUAGUAGUUAAAGACCGCAUAGCGCAGUGGAUUAGCGCGUCUGACUUCGGAUCAGAAGGUCGUGGGUUCGACUCCCA